AUGACGGAUGCAGACUCCUUGCGAUGUUUGGAUGAGCGCAUUCGCGCGGUUUCGAAAGCCUUGAAGCGGAAGAUCUGCGCAGCAGAGGCAGAGUCUGUGGCAACCCAACAUGCAACCCUGCUGACCUAUAUUUGGAGCGGAUACGACAUGGGUGCUGCGGCCAGCUUUCUACGCGGGAAGCGCAGCCCGGAGAGAACCACAGAAGAGCUGGAAGACGAGGUUACCGCCUUCUUUCUAACCACGCCCUCGCAGGAGCUGGGAACGAUGUCCAUGGAGCCUUCGGGCCCCAACGCAGCUCACGCGGCCCGGCGCGUCGUGGAGUGGCGUUUGUUCCUCUGGCUGCGCGAGCAAAACUGCAAGCACGGCGUUGCGCCGUCCCGUCUGCAGCUUGUCCGGCGUGCGCUCUUGCAAGUGCCGGAGGGGCUCCCAGCAGAGCUUGAGGAGAGAGUUCGCCGACCUUUGGGCGGGGCUGCGAGGGCGCAGCGCAAGUGGCUGCGCCGCUUUCGCCGUGGUUGGGCGGCGAAGUUAGGCCAGUUGCCCAUUGCUCCGCCAGUCCCUGUGCAUCAGCUGCAAGAGAAGGCUUGGGCUUUGUUUUUCGGAGGAGAGGAGAUUUUUGCGUAG